UGCGUUUGCCUGUGUGACACAAUUACAACAACUUUGAGCCGAUGGUUGGGGAAGUUUGCGAUAUUAUCAAAUAACACUCACUCCUAAAACCCAACAUUACAUCAACUUCAUGCAUAAAUUGGCACUGGAAUACACGUUGUGUUUGGUGUACAAUGAGGAGUGUGGAAGAUAAUUUGAAGGGAUCAUUUCCUUGAGGAUUUGGCAAGAAUUACACUACGCCCCGUUUUAAUCCUGGAUAGCUGUGCAACACUUUCGUUGUGACUGCAUUUUGGCGGAGUUGCUCGGUGCCGUUGAUCUUCCCAGUUCUUUUCCAUGAAAUCGUGCGGAGUGUCGCUCACCGCCGCUGCCUCCGCUGCUGCCCGGAGUCUCGGCGUUGCUGGUAAUGACGAGGAGAAAAUGGCGUCGGGAAAAGCGACCGAAAUCGAAGAGGACUUUCCGAAGCUAACAGCGCAAGAGAAAGAGAGCUUGGUCGGAAUUGACAGUUCACUGUUUGGAUUUCAUAGGCUUCAAGAAGAUGGCGCCAGAAUGAAGGCCUUGCUGUUAAAGGCUGUUAGCUGCUAUGAUGCCCUCAUCCUGAAAGCAGAGGGGAAAGUGGACCCUGACAUUUUCUGCCAGCUCGGCCACUUCAACCUUCUGCUAGAGGACUACCCAAAAGCAUUAUCUGCAUACCAGAGGUACUUCAGUUUACAGUCGGACUACUGGAAGAAUGCUGCCUUUUUAUAUGGCCUUGGCAUGGUUUACUUCCAUUACAAUGCAUUUCAGUGGGCAAUCAAGGCAUUCCAGGAGGUGCUUUACAUCGAUCCCAGCUUCUCAAGAGCUAAAGAGAUUCAUCUGAGACUGGGAUUCAUGUUUAAAGUCAACACAGACUACGAGUCAAGCUUAAAGCAUUUUCAGCUGGCUUUGAUCGACUCCAAACUCUGCACUUUGUCCAAAGCUGAAAUUCAGUUCCACAUCGCUCAUUUGUAUGAGAUCCAGAAGAAAUACAGAGCAGCGAAGGAAGCGUAUGAAAGUCUGUUGCAGACUGAAAAUCUUCCUGCACAGGUGAAAGCGACCACACUGCAACAACUUGGCUGGAUGCAUCACACCGUGGAGCAGUUGGGGGAUAAAGGCACCAAGGACAGCUAUGCCAUCCAGUGUCUGCAGAAGUCUUUAGAGGCAGACCCAAACUCUGGCCAGUCCUGGUACUUUCUUGGCAGGUGCUACUCCAGUAUUGGGAAGGUGCAGGAUGCCUUCAUCUCUUACCGUCAGUCCAUUGAUAAAUCGGAGGCCAGUGCUGACACCUGGUGCUCUAUAGGGGUGCUUUACCAGCAGCAGAACCAGCCUAUGGAUGCACUGCAGGCCUACAUCUGUGCUGUUCAACUGGACCACAGCCACGCGGCUGCCUGGAUGGAUCUGGGCACUCUCUACGAAUCCUGCGGACAGCUGCAUGAUGCUAUCAAGUGCUACAUCAAUGCUACACGCAGCAAGGCCUGCCUCAACACUGCUGCACUCACACAGCGCAUCAAGCUGCUGCAGGCUCAGUUGUGUAACCUACAACCAGGUAGUCUGCAGAGUAAGAGUAAAAUGCUUCCUAGUAUUGAGGAGGCGUGGAGCCUACCCAUUCCUGCUGAGCUCACGUCCAGGCAGGGGACCCUGAACACUGCACAGACACAGCAGGCCUGUAAGGGGGAGGGAGGCCAGUCUGCCAGCAAUCACACAGAUCCGCAGGCCAGUCCUGCUAAGAGGAAGCGCACUGCCAGCCCAGCUAAGGGUGCUGCGGACUCAUGGGGAAACGGCCCCAAUCAACAGCAAAUCCCCAGCUGGUAUCUAACACCUCAAAAGCUUCAGCACCUGGAUCACCUGCGGACCAACCGAGCAAACCUCAGCCCCUCUCAGUUGCAGCUGCUGGAGCAGCUGGAGAAGCAGUUCUCUCUCAUGCAGCAACAUCAGCAGCAGAUGCGGCAGCAGGCAGCAGCGGGUGGGCAACCGAGGCCCAGCCUUCCCAACGGUCCAUUGGCUGAGCCCUCUCCCCUCCACGCAGGCUUCUCUCGCACCUCCCCUCUCAACCACACAGCCAUCCGGCCCCCGUGUGUCACUCAGCCCACAGCCAAUGGAUCCUGUUCCACAAGUCCUUCAACGGGGCUGCCUGGACACCCGGACAAAAAUCACACCCUGGGAUUGGGAGGUGGCGGCGCGAGCAAUGGAAACGUGCCUUACCCGCAGCAGAACUCUCUACCUCACAACUGCACAGCCGCCAGUCACCCCAGCACCAGCAGCACUACCAGUAGUCCCAGUCAAGCAGACGAGACAUGGAGGAGCCAACAACGCAACACUACCACUCAGGGGCUUCAAACAGGUCCAGGUUCACAUUCGGCAGGUCCUAAUGGAGAACCCCCUUUCUCUUCUUCCUCCUCCCCUCAGACCUCGUUCACAUCCUCUGGCAUUCUGAAUCAGGUUGGACAUUCCUCUGGGCCCUGCACUGCCUCUUCCUCUGCCUCGUCUUUAUCCCCCACUUCCCCCCAGACAACCCCCAACCACUUGUCCUCGCCUCCCCACUCUGCUACUACCUCAGGGGUCCACACCAAAGACACCAAGCCUUCAGGGGGCAACACCGGCAGCAGUGCUGCAGCUGCCACUUUGCCAUCAGGUCAGGAGGCUGCCAUUAGGCAUUCCGGAGGGACAUCACAUAGUCCCGGCGCCACCCCCGUGCAGGGAUUGACUAAUCACAUCCAGCCGCGGGUGACGGACAGCUCUGCCAGUGUGUCUCAGCCUGGCUCUCCUGCCCCCGGUGUGCUCAGUUCAGACAAUCCUCUCUCAGCCUUGAUAAAGGGAAAAGCUAAUACUACCAGUAACGACAAUAACAAUAACUACAGCAACCACGGAGGGUCUUCCUCAGAGAAAAUGAACAAUGUCCAUCCGGGUCUCAACGGCGCUACCAAGCCGGUUUUGGAGCACUCAGUGGCAUCCUCGCCACUUUCCGCCACUGCAACGCCCUCUCCGCGCUCAGCAGACCCUCACGCCACCAACAGUCUCCCCUGCCUUAACAGCCCGUCCAGUACAAACAGUCAGGGGCCCACGCUCAAUGGGAAGGGGAUGGAGGACUCCCAGAGCCCACUGAAGGUGGAGCCUUCUGGGGGGGCUCAUCGGCACUCUGUCCCUGCUGGCUUGGCACCCUGGUCCUCAGUUUCCAUCUACCCCAGCUCCAGUGAAGUGCUCAAAGCAUGCAGGAACCUGGGGAAGAACGGCUUGUCGACCAGCAGCAUCGUACUGGACAGGUGUCCCCCACCGCGGCCCCCUCGCCCACCCUCUCCUCCACUGCCAAAGGACAAACUCAAUCCCCCAACGCCCAGUAUUUAUCUAGAAAACAAGAGGGAUGCCUUCUUCCCUCCCCUUCAUCAGUUCUGCACCAAUCCCAGCAAUCCGGUCACUGUCAUCAGAGGUCUGGCUGGAGCACUCAAACUAGACUUGGGCCUGUUCUCCACUAAGACGUUGGUGGAGGCUAACCCAGACCAUCUGGUGGAGGUGCGGACCCAGCUGGCUCAACCCACCGAUGAGAACUGGGACUCCAGCGGCAGCAGGAAGAUGUGGCGCUGCGAGAGCAGCCGCUCCCACACCACCAUCAUCAAAUACGCCCAGUACCAGGCCUCGUCCUUCCAGGAGUCUCUGCGGGAGGAAAACGAGAAGAAAAAGGAGGUGGAAGUGGAGGCAGGUUCCUCAGAUGGUUUGAGGCGAAGGAAGGGUCCAUUCAAACACAUCAAGUUCGGCACCAACAUCGACCUCUCGGAUGACAAGAAGUGGAAACAGCAGCUCCAGGAACUGAGUAAGCUGCCUGCCUUCGCCAGAGUAGUGUCAGCUGGUAACCUGCUCAGCCACGUAGGUCACACCAUCCUGGGCAUGAAUACUGUGCAGCUCUAUAUGAAGGUGCCAGGGAGCAGGACACCAGGUCACCAGGAAAACAACAAUUUCUGCUCUGUCAAUAUUAAUAUCGGUCCCGGGGACUGCGAGUGGUUUGCUGUGCCUGAGCUGUACUGGGGCGUCAUCAACGACUUCUGUGAAAAGAACAACAUUAACUACCUGAUGGGUUCCUGGUGGCCCAACUUGGAGGACUUGUACGAGACCAACGUGCCUGUUUACCGCUUCAUCCAGCGUCCCGGGGACUUGGUGUGGCUUAAUACGGGCACGGUUCACUGGGUUCAGGCUAUCGGCUGGUGCAACAACAUCGCGUGGAACGUCGGACCCCUUACAGCCUAUCAGUACAAGCUGGCAGUGGAGCGCUACGAGUGGAACAAACUGCAGAGCGUCAAGUCAAUCGUUCCCAUGAUCCACCUCUCCUGGAACAUGGCCAGGAACAUUAAAGUGUCGGAUCACAAGCUUUUUGAGAUGAUCAAGUAUUGCUUGCUGCGCACUCUGAAGCAGUGUCAGAUGCAGAGGGAGCUGCUGCUGGCUGCCGGGAAGGAACUGGUGUGGCACGGGAGGACCCAGAACGAGCCGGCACACUACUGCAGCAUCUGUGAAGUGGAAGUAUUUGACCUGCUGUUUGUAACCACUGAGAGCAACAGCAGGAAAACAUACGUGGUGCACUGCCAGGACUGUGCCCGUAGGGGGAGCGCUAACCUGGACAACUUUGUGGUGCUAGAGCAGUACAAGAUCGAGGACCUCAUGCAGGUUUAUGACCAGUUCACACUUGCGAGUCCCCUGCCUUCCUCCUCUUGAUGGUGAUAUUCUCUCGUUCUAAGGACUUUUAGAACCACAAAUCAGAAACUCUCCGGAAACCUUGGGGACUUUUUUGGUUUUGGUUUUUUUUUUCUGAUAUUCAGGAAGUAAGCCGGCAGUCACCCAACUGCACCCUGUAGCUAAAUCCCGUAAGGCAGCUGCGUGAAAGCUGUGUGUCUAUGCAACCUGCCCAGUAUGGUGUGCCACCCCCACCCCCCCCUAAACAAGUGGACUGGAGGGGGCAGAUGGCAGCUCCUCCUGCCAUCACGACCAGACUGUUCUACUGCUGGCCCAGCUGGACUUCACCCCAAAAAGUCAUGAAAGGGAAGAAGAAGAAAAAAAAAAAAAAAAAGUAAAAUUUUGUACAUAUUAAGUUUAAACUGGCAUCAGACUACUGACUCGAUGGUUUUCCUUUUCCCAUUUUUGUCUUCUGUUUGUGGGUUCACUAGAGCUUUGUUCCCGCCUUCCCCUCGAUGACACAAGUAAAUUAGCAUAGCGGGUCUUUUGUAUGUUUAGACGCCUCCUCGGUCAGGAAAAUGAGUUAAAAACUGUUCUGUAAUGUGAAAAGUUGAGUGACACAUUCUUUAAGACAUUUCCCUUUUGCUUUUGUUCGUUUGUUUUUUGGUAAUCACUUAAGUUUUUGAUUUUGCUGGAAGUUUGAGUCUUUGGGUUGAGGGAGAGGAAAUGCGUUUGUAGGCCAUGUCACAGAAAAAAGGGUUGCACAUAGACAAAAGAGUGAACUUUCAUUUGUUUUUUUUAUUUUGUUGUAAAUUUACACUAUUUAUAAAUGCCUAUUUAUUGCCUGAAAAAUAUUUGUUGAUGGAAUGCUGUAAUUUUUUUUUCCAGAGUACCUGCCAUUAAAUUUGAAGGAGCCUUGUGAUUUUAAAGCACGGCCCCUCAUACGUUUUCUAUAUGAAUAAAACUGCUUAGUAAGCAUUGUACAGAGACCUUACCUUGAAAUGGGUUUAUUGUUUGAAGGAUGUUUUAUGCGUCAAUAAACAAAAUUGGUCUUUAUUUA